AUGGUUGUCAAUUGGCAAUUGCUGAUCCUCCCACAUUAUUAUAUGGUCUGGCGACAAACGGCCGAAGAACGCGAAGCCGAGCGGCAAGCGGCAAACAGACUGAUGCUUUCGCUUCAAGCCGAGGCCCUAUCAAAGGGCUACAUGAGCGAAGGCCCACCCCCUCAACCCGGUCCUGGAGACACAGCGCUCAGCGCCUUGCAGAAUCUCCAACCGUGGGCUGGACCCUACAGUGCUCCCCAACCAGCUUUAGCGGAAUCUAUGUGUUAA